AAUAUGUUUAUCGUUUCAGUCAAGAAAAAAAUGCCAAAUGCGUUGGGUGUUAUAUAUGGUGUUUUAGUAUCGCUCGUCGUAAAUAAAUACAAAUAACGUUGCAAAUGAAUAUUGUAGAAAUUUUGGGAAACUUGUUUGCAACUUAUUAAAUCGAUUUCGUUUUUAAACAACCAUUAAUUCGAAUACGUAAUAUAUUAUAUAUAUCAGCAAUACGGGAGGCCAAAAUGCUAAAAUUUAUACGUGGUAAAGGUCAACAACCAACAGCGGAGAGGCAGCGUCUGCAAAAAGAGCUCUUUUCAUAUAGAAAGACUGUACAACAUGGAUUUCCUCACAAACCUUCUGCGAUUGCCUAUGAUCCGAUUUCCAAACUCAUGGCCAUAGGCACACAAACAGGUGCUAUCAAGGUAUUCGGUCAGCCUGGUGUAGAGUUCUACGGGCAACACACGUUAAUAAGCAAUUCAGCGGCCGAACUCAACGUGCAGCUUUUAGAAUGGGUAUACGGUACCGGGCGUGUACUCUCGUUGACUGCCUCAAAUCAUUUGAUUUUAUGGGAGCCUAUUGGUGCAUCGCUGGUUGCCAUCAAGACAUUACCUUUUGACGGAAAAUUGAAGAAAGUGUCGUCCCUUUGCUGUUCGUUAAAUAAAGACAUCGUAUGGAUUGGAACUGAAGGUGGCAAUAUAUAUCAAUUUGACCUGAAUUCGUUCGCAAUUCGUGAACCUGUAAUAUAUCACGAUGUUGUUCUCGAGCAAGUACCCUCCACAUACAAGUUAAAUCCAGGUGCUAUUGAGUCAAUACGUCAAUUACCGAACGCACACAAUAAGCUGUUGAUUGCAUACAAUCGUGGACUUUGUGUGUUGUGGGAUCUAGAAACAUCUUUAGUUGUGCGCGCGUACAUUGCACCAGGUCAUGGACAGAGCGUAGGUCUAUUUGUGAAUGCGUCUGGAACUCAGUUUACUUGGUAUCAUGCUGAUGGCUCCUACGCCUCUUGGAAUUUGACCAACGCUGAAGCCCCAAAAAACGUCAACUACGUUCCUUAUGGGCCAGAUCCUUGCAAAAGCAUAAAUCAACUUUAUAAAGGCAAGCGCGGAACCGCUGAUGUUGUUAUAUUUUCUGGUGGCAUGCCACGCUCAACUUAUGGAGAUCAUAACUGUGUAUCAGUACAUUCAAGCGACGGCAGUAAAGUGUGCUUAGACUUCACUUCGAAAGUUAUCGAUUUCUUUGUGACGUUUCAAAAUAAUACGGACAAUGUCCAAGUCCUGGUUGUAUUACUCGAGGAAGAGUUCUGUGCUUAUGAUUUAACUGAUUCCAAAAUUCCUGUUAUUAAGGCCCCAUAUCUUCAUUCUGUUCAUGCUUCCGCGGUUACUUGCAAUCAUCUAGCAUCCCAAGUCAAACAGGAUGUCUAUGAUAAAAUUGUGCACGCAGGAGAAGAACAAGAUGCAGAGUGCAGUAGCAUAGAAUGGCCAAUAAAUGGCGGCAUUUUGGAGGCAGAACUGCCUGAUGAUAUUGACAGUGAUGAACGACUGUAUGAAAUACUAUUGACUGGCCAUGAAGACGGUUCAGUAAAAUUUUGGGAUUGUACUGAUGUUGUUUUAAAACCUCUGUACCAUUUUAGAACUGCGCCAUUGUUUGGGCAUGAGAACCAAGAUGACAUUCCGGUGGAUUCGACAGAACCUUUGGAUGACUCAGAACCACCAUUUCGAAAAGCAGGGCUAUUCGAUCCCUAUUCUGAUGAUCCCCGUUUAGCGGUAAAAAAAAUAGCUUUGUGUCCAAACACGGGACGGAUGAUUGUCGGAGGCACCGCUGGUCAAAUAGUUAUUGCUAACUUUGGUAUCAGCGAACUUGAAAAUAGUCCACUUAAAGUGAGUUCUAUGAAUCUAGUAAGUGAUCGUGAUGGUUUCGUUUGGAAGGGACACGAUCAGUUGACGGUACGUGAAAAUUUGCUUGACCCGGAUGCAGAUCCUGUGGGUGAUGCCGGUGUAGAAAUAACAGGCGUUUUACAAGUUCUUCCACCAGCAAGCAUAACAUGCUUGUCUCUGGAGGCGAAUUGGGGGUUGGUAGCUGGAGGUACUGCCCACGGCCUUGUUUUAUUUGAUUGCAAUACCUUUUUACCAGUUUUUCAUCGUUGCACUCUGAAUCCAAAUGAUUUAACAGGUGCAGGAGAGCAAUUGUCCCGCCGCAAAUCAUUUAAAAAGUCGUUACGUGAGUCGUUCCGAAAACUUCGUAAAGGCCGUUCUACGCGAAACAAUCCAUCACAAGUUCCAACAACGUUGGAAGCACGGCCGAUCGAACGGCAAGUAGAAGCUCGUUCUACAGAUGAUGGUAUGGGUUCUAUGGUCCGCUGUUUACAAUUCGCCAAGACUUUCAUAACCAAUGUGAAUAUAACAUCGCCCACAUUGUGGUCAGCCACAAACUCAAGCACGGUAUCAGUUUUUUUAUUACAUUUGCCAGCCGCUCAAACAGCUGCUACUAAUAUGCCACCUGUGAAUGAUAACGCAGCGGCUACAACAGCAGCUACGCAGCCACGACGCGUAUCCGCUCAACUGGCGAAAGAAAUUCAAUUGAAGCAUCGCGCACCUGUAGUUGGUAUCGCUAUAUUCGAUCAUAAUGGCUACCCAGUUGACCAACAAAGCAAUAAAAGUCCGAUUUCACCACCGCAUCGAUUGUUGAUUGCAUCCGAAGAACAAUUUAAAGUUUUCUCACUGCCACAACUAAAACCGAUCAACAAGUAUAAACUAACUGCAAAUGAGGGGGCCCGUGUACGACGCAUACACUUUUCUUCCUUCUCAUGUCGUUUGCCAGCUGAUUUAUUGGUGCACGGUUCUAGCGGUAGCCCUUCCAAAUCGCUUCCAACACGUUCACAAGAGAAUGCCCAAGAUAUAGCCAAUACUAGUGGAGGAAGUGGAGGAGAUCGCUUAUAUCAGGAAAUGGCGUUGCUUUGUCUAACGAAUAUGGGGGAUAUAAUGGCUCUUUCGGUUCCAGAAUUAAAACGUCAACUAAAUGCCGCAGCCAUCAGACGCGAGGACAUUAAUGGCAUUUCAUCACUUUGCUUUACAAAUGGUGGUGAAGCAUUAUAUAUGCUUUCAUCUUCUGAACUGCAACGCAUCUCUUUAGCGGCAACAAAAGUCGUAACACCACAAGGCGGCAUCGAAGUGGAAGAAUUGGUGGUUAAUGGCGAACAAAUUAACACAAACGCUGAUGAAAACCAAGAAUGCAUUGAUGCCACGAGUUCGAUUUCAGCAACGCACUCACAUGAGCCAGUAUCGAAAGAUGGGACAAAACCACUUGAAGUUGACACCGAUCUACAGAAGGGAGGCAUCGGUUUAACCAAUGGUGUUAGCUCAGCUAUGGAAAACAAUUCACCGAAUCGUGCCAAUGAAACAAUCACAAGCUCAAUCGGCGAUAUAACUGUAGACUCGGUGCGAGAUCAUCUGAACGCUACAACAACUACUUUAUGCACCACGACCACUGAAGAAACUGUCGGUCGACUGUCUGUAUUAAGCACCCAAACUAAUCAAACUUUGACCAGUGCAAAUAUGAAGGAUGUCACCGAUUUUAACAUACCGAACUUAAUGGAUUUGGCACCUUUAAGUAAUACAACGGAAACCAAUAGCAGCUCUGUGGUCAUCAAAUCAAUAAUCACUAGUAUAUCGCAUGAAAAGACUAAUGGGGAAACGGAAACAGUUACAUCAAAGACUACCAAGCGUGAAGAAAGUCAAUUUUAAAUUAAAUGUGAAAAAUUGUCCUGGUUCCCUCCAUCUACUUUCGGAAUCCAAAAAUACACAACGAUCCGAAAUACAUACAUAUAUUCAACUAUAAACGUUUUUUAUUGCCUUAAUUUACAACAUCUUCUACUUUAGUUUCAUCUACAAUGAACCAUGUUAAUAUGUCAAAAUUAUUGAAUUGUCCACUCUUUUUGCAUUUAACAUAUCCAUUUUAAGUUUUUUAUUUAAGAUGUGUCUAAUUUUUUACAAGCAUAGGGUGUGUUCGAGCUAUGCGAUAAAUACCACAGUAUUGCAGCCUUGUUACUUGGUACUCUGAUACUGAUAAUCUGCUCUAAUAUUACAGAACUAAUUUAGCAUAGAACGUAACAUUUUAAAGAAAUAGAAAAAUUAUUGAAUUUUGAACCUAUUUAAUAGAUGGUGAGAUAUUAAUGUAUAUGUAGGUUGGGGCCAUAUUCAAAAUGUUUCUUUAAAGUCGGUACUUUUCAUUUAUAUAUCUUUUUGCCCAGUAAUUUUCUCUAAAGAAUCGAUUUCUUUUUGAAAUCAAACUUAAACUUCAUCCAAUCGACAACUGACCAACAACUUGGAUCCUGUCGAGCUUUAUAUUCGAUAAUAACAAUGAAUAUAUAUAUAGAUUUCAAGAUUUUUUCAUAGAAGGUUUGAUAUUACCAAUGUUGCCGGAACUUUUGUUUAAAACGUGAUGCUAUGCAUCUAAAACUAAAUCUAUAAAAAGUAAUGCCCCGCAAUUGUUGAAGCUUGGUUCGAUCAUACCCAUAUUCACUGUUUGUCAUAAACUAUUAUUUGUUAGGAUUAUUACACUUCUCACCUUACAUUACUACAAUU